AUGGGAAUUACAGGAAUUCAUUCUCCAACAGGGGUUAACAUUACAGAGGACGGGGGAAGGGAGCAUUCAGCAGAUGGUGUGAACUCUAAAGCCACAAAUGCAGAGACUGUGAGAACGAACAACAGUAACACGAGUGACACAGCAGUAAAGAUGUUUAAUCGGGCUAUGACAUUAACAUUCAGCCCAGUGUUUUAUGACAUUAAGGAAGUCAUCACAAACAAUUGGACUCAGUCUUUCAAAGAAUUUGCCCAACUUCUCAGCACAGUAGAAGAAGAGAGAAGACGGCUGAUUCAGAAUGCAAAUGAUGUCCUUAUAGCCCCACUAGAGAAGUUUCGUAUAGACGAGAUAGGUGCAGCAAAGGAAGGAAAGAAGAAGUUUGACAAAGAAAGUGAAAAAUAUUAUACAAUCUUAGAGAAGCACUUGAACUUGUCCUCAAAGAAAAAAGAAUCGCAAUUACUGGAAGCUGAUUCGCAGAUUGACAAAGAAUGGAAAAACUUUUAUGAAGCUUCUUUAGAAUAUGUUUUUGAAGUUCAGCAAGUUCAAGAGAAAAAGAAGUUUGAGUUUGUUGAACCUGUUCUUGCUUUCCUCCAGGGAUUGUUCACAUUCUACCAUGAAGGCUAUGAGCUGGCACAGGAAUUUGAGCCCUACAAGCGUCAACUGCAGUUCAACUUACAGAAUACAAGGAAUAACUUUGAAAGUACAAGGCAGGAGGUGGAAAGACUUAUGCAGAGAAUGAAGUCAGUUGACCAGGAAUUCAGACCACCAAGUCAAUGGACAAUGGAAGGCUAUCUGUAUGUGCAGGAAAAGCGACCAAUUGGUUUUACUUGGAUACGACACUACUGCACUUACGACAAAGGAAGCAAGAUGUUUACAAUGAGUGUGUCUGAAACUAAAUCAAAUGCAAAGCUGAAUGGCCUUGUUCCAAGCCCAGCAGAAAUGUUUAAGUUAAAGACAUGUAUUCGAAGAAAAACAGACUCGAUAGAUAAACGCUUCUGUUUUGACAUUGAAGUGGUUGAAAGACAUGGCAUCAUUACUCUACAAGCUCUGUCAGAAGCAAACAGGAAGCUGUGGCUAGAAGCAAUGGAUGGAAAAGAACCAAUUUAUACAUUGCCUGCCAUUAUCAGCAAAAAGGAAGAAAUGUACUUAAAUGAAGCGGGUUUUAAUUUCAUGAAGAAAUGUAUUCACGCCAUUGAAACAAGAGGAAUCACAACUUUGGGAUUGUACAGAAUUGGAGGUGUAAAUUCUAAAGUUCAGAAAUUCAUGAACACUGUAUUUUCUCCAAAGUCUCCACCUGAUAUGGAUAUUGACCUUGAUGUGUGGGACAAUAAAACCAUCACAAGUGGGCUGAAAAACUACCUCAGGUGCCUUUCAGAACCACUAAUGACUUACAAGCUUCAUAAAGAGCUCAUCCUUGCAGUGAAAUCAGACGAACAACAGUACAGGGUAAGAGCUGUACAUGCACUUGUACACCGGUUACCAGAGAAGAACAAGGAAAUGCUGGAUAUAUUGAUUAAGCACUUAGUCAAGGUGUCACUACAUAGUCAACAGAAUCUUAUGACAGUGUCCAACCUGGGAGUUAUUUUUGGACCGACCUUAAUGAGAUCACAGGAAGAAACUGUUGCUGCCAUGAUGAACAUCAAGUUCCAGAACAUUGUUGGUGAAAUUUUGAUAGAAAAUUAUGAAACGAUAUUUCACUCUGCACCAGACCCCAACAUCCCUGUUCCACAGUCGGAACACAGGUCAAGCUCCAGGAAGUCAAAAGCAAUCUGUCUGUCAACUGGUUCAAGGAAACCAAAAGGGCUGUACACUCCAACACUAUGUCUUGCAGAUGCUGACAGUGACUCCCUUAGCAGUACUCCAGACAGCACACCAAUGGGAAGCAUAGAGUCUCUAUCAUCACAUUCAUCAGAGAGGAACAGUUCUGCAAAACCUGCUUCAUUUCAUCAAAGAGAGAAAGCAGGUAGAGUUUCAUGGAUAUCUACUCCUUCCUCGAAUGGACAAAAGAAUUCUCUUAAUUGGACCACUAGCCCAGAGUCUAGCUCUAAAGAAGACACAGUAAAAACAGAUGGAGAUUCAGACAGUCAGAGCUUGUCAUCUGGCACUCUUCCAGGAGACGCAUCUCCCCCAUUGAAUGUAGCCAAAAAAGCACUAUAUGGAACUGCACUGAAGAGAUCUUCAACUUCACAAUCAUCAUUAAAAUCAAUUACUGCUUCAGAUGGUGAGUUCCCCGCUUUAAAAGCAACGCCUGUCACUUCAAGCUGUUCUGGUGAAAGCAAUAAAAGCUGCAGUGGGUCUGUUCAAAACCUAACAUCUGCUGAGCUGACUGAUACAAGUGAGGUUUCCAAUCCUGAGCUACCACCAAAAAUGGCGCUAAAGUCUAGAGUGGAUGCAAAAUCUAGUAAUGGCUACCAGAGGCCUGGAUCAGUAGUUGCUGCAAAAGCCCAGCUGUUUGAAAAUACCAAUGUAUCAAGACCAGCUACUCCUGGAAGGCAAGCCAAAGCCAUGUAUUCCUGCAAAGCAGAACACAGUCAUGAACUCUCUUUCCCCCAGGGAGCAAUAUUUAGUAAUGUAUACAAAUCAGUUGAACCCGGCUGGCUGCAAGCAACAUAUGAAGGCAGAACAGGACUUAUUCCAGAAAAUUACGUUAUCUACCUUUGAUAACAUUUCGAGGACUAAAGAAUCUUCAUGGUAUCCAUGGUUACAAGACUGCAAUAUACUAGUCCCAGUUUUUAUGGAGUUGAACCAGUUGAUUGUAACUGGUAUAUAUCCCAAGUGACUGCACUGAUAGGAAACAUGCACAUGAAUCCACCAUAAUAAUGAGUUCAAUGGUUUUGAAUACAUUCAGAUGCCUGUCAAAAUACAAAAUAUUUAAUUUUAUCAGUUUGCAAAAAUAUUUGUAACAUAACUGAAGACCUGUUGAAAGUCUGUAUAGCUCCUAGCAACAGUAAUCAUUUUCCAUGUAAUUUAAUCCUGAAAUGAUAGAGAUCGUAACAAUAAUUUGAUUUUAUGUUAAACAGACCCUUUUAUUUUAUUUGCCUUGAAAAAUAUUAAUUUCAUUUCAAGUAGAAUCUUUUAAUUUCUUUCCUUGUGAUGACACAUACAUAUUUUGAAUAGCAUAAUGUGAAGUGUUUUAGGAAUGAAGAGUUCACUUUGCAGUCAGUGUCUUGGCGUAGUAAUGUUUUUCACUAAAACACACUGCACUUAUUGUCUGUAAGGCAUAGCAUUUGGAUUAUAUCUCAAAGAGAAAGACAUGCACAGUUGCACAGACAGACACACACACAUACACACACACAGAUGCCCACACUCACCCACACAUGCAUAUGCAUGUAGGCAUGCUAAUGUGUGGCUGAGCAGCAUGCCAGUGCUGAAAAAAAAUACCUUGCCCUUAUGCUGCCUGGCAGGAAAAGUGAUAUUGGGGAUGGAGUUCUGCGCCAUGCAGGCAGAGUUGCUACAGCACACAAACAUGCCCCAGUCCUUCCACACACAUACAGUAAUGCUGAUGAAGUUGCAUCAAUGGGGAGUUGGAGAUCCCCAGUACCCCAUUUUACUGUAAUAUAGUAUUGAACCCCUGUCCACUACUGUGAUAACUGAAUGUGAACACUGUAUGAAUCACAUGAGUCAAGAUGGUUGUCCAAGCAUACUGAAGUAGGAUAGUGUAGCCUUGGAUAAUUUGCCUUACCAAGCAGCAGCAUGUGGCAUCUGUAUAAAACAUGGCAAGGCAUGUAUGUCGGAAUAUUGAAGUGUAUUGGGAGCAUAUCCAUGCCAUUCUAGAAUGCAGAAUGGCAAAGGUGCACUCCUGGGGAAUACUGUAAUUCAUAUCUAUGAAUUAUGGUAGUCUGUGAUGGCAUGCAGAACAUAGAUACCAGCAAGCUUUUCUAUCUCUGAGCCCAGUGUUCAUGACUGCCAGGGUAAAUGUCUCCUUGCUGCUUGCCCUAACUACAGUCCCACAGUGCUACUGCUCUAAACUGCUUCUCCAUUUUUUUUUUGGGUCAAAGAUUUUUGAUUAAUUGGCUGGCCCCAGGCUGCUUUGAGUAUAUUAUGAGGGUACGCUGUGUUCUGGCAUAAGAUUGUGAUUUUUCCUUUUUUUCUAUUUUUUUCAACUGUUAAAGAACUGUUGUCUUUCUUCCUUCAUUAAGUUCACUUUUGUUAGCUAUGUGUGUGCCUUUUUUGUGGUGAACUGUGGAAAAACAAGAAUCCAGUGUCAUCUGUUUUUUUUUUUCAAAUUCAACCAUGGGCUGUUGGAUGCUUCUUGGUUUAAGGGCUCUCACGCCUCUCCUACUCAUAAUUCCCUUCUGCUCUACAUUCGUAUCUCAGAUGUGUUUUGAUGCCUGAAGACUUUGGCUGUGUUUUUCAAGUCUCAAACAGUAUCCCUUGCGUAUUUUUAGUCAUCUUUUUACUCCUUCCACUACUGAGAGAUUCUUCUGUCUAGAUCUUUAACAUUAGAGUGUUUUUGACUAAUAGUUUAGAUUCUUUGAUAGGUUACUUAGGUUACUUAAGUGGUUAGGGUAUACAUAGUGUUUUAAUAGUGUUUUGA